AUGCUGAGUCUGGAUGGGCUGGAGAUAAUUGCUGUGCUGGUGGUCAUGGGUCUCUUCAUCAAAGUCCUGGAGCAGUUUGGGAUGUUUGAUCCAGUUGGCGGGGAAGGUAAUCCCUCCACCAGCCAAAGCAAAAAAACCAUAAAGCAGCGAUUCCUCAAACUGCUGCUGUGCUGCAAGCCCACGACUGCCCCCUCAAUCAGUCAAAACAGUAUAGAAGAUGACUUUGAGUUAUCCACGGUGUGCCAUCGCCCUGAAAGCAUGGACAAGCUGCAGGAGCAGACGAAGUUCACCAAGAAGGAGCUGCAAGUUCUCUACAGGGGCUUCAAAAAUGAGUGUCCAAGUGGAGUGGUGAACGAGGAGAACUUUAAGCAAAUCUACUCCCAGUUCUUCCCUCAGGGAGAUUCGGGUAUGUAUGCACACUUCCUGUUUGAAGCCUUCGACACAAACAAGAAUGGCUCUGUUAGUUUUGAGGAUUUUGUUUUUGGUUUGUCCAUCAUCCUGAGAGGGACAGUUAAUGACCGACUAAACUGGGCGUUUAACCUCUAUGACCUAAACAAAGAUGGCUGCAUCACCAAAGAGGAGAUGCUUGACAUAAUGAGGUCCAUCUAUGACAUGAUGGGGAAAUACACAUACCCCACCAUGCAGGACGAUGCGCCAAGAGAACAUGUAGAAACUUUUUUCCAGAAAAUGGACCAGAAUAAAGAUGGGGUGGUCACCAUAGAUGAGUUUAUUGAUUCGUGUAAAAAGGACGAGAACAUCAUGCAAUCUAUGCAGCUGUUUGACAACGUUAUCUAAGGAUCUGGACCAGUGAGGACACUGGCGCCAGGGAGGGGAGUGUGUUUGUGAAUGAUGAACAGGACUGAAGAGACAAGAGGAAGUUUGAGUGUACGAAUGUGUGUGCGGUCGAGUUAUAUACAAGCUUGGGCUUGUGUCACUGUAGAGCUGUGAACCUUGGUGAUGCAGAGAGGCCCCCCCUCCCUUCUCCUGGACCCUCAGUGGCAUUCCUUCAAGCAACAAUGGAGAAUCCUGACUCCAAGUUUUAUCCCUGACAAAGACAAUGAUGGCUAACAGUGGGCUCACAGCAACUGACAUGCCUAAUGCACCCCCACCACCACCACCAAUUUUACUUUAACUGUUAUUUCUUACUGAUAUUACUGAUACUGAAUGAACUUUCACAGCCUGUAGAGGCCAAAAUCAGAGGAAAGAAAAAGCCCAUAAACCUCUAAAACCACUUUUUCUCCUUUUGCGUAUUAUGUUUGAAAUCUGAAUUUUUGAUCGCCCUGCC